AUGCCUUCUCCGCCACCGGAGGCAUGCGGCGCCUUCCUCCGCGUCGUAUCCAUCAACGACGUGUACAAACUCGACAACUACCCUCGCGUCGCAACGGCAGUGGCCGCUGCAAGGGCCUCCGUUGCGGUGCACCCUGGCGGCGGUGUCGCCCUGGCCUGCCUGAAUGGCGACUUUCUGUCGCCAUGCACCGUGACCGCGCUAGACGGCGGCAAGGCGAUGGCUGACGCGCUAAAUUACGCUCUUAUUGACUACGCAUGCUUGGGUAACAAGGAGUUUGACCUUCCUCUCCCCGGCCUCGUGCGGAGCCUGGCGCGCUUCACGCAUGGGAAGGUACUCAACUCAAAUGUACUCGACACGGAGCUAGCCGCGCUGCCACGAUUCGACUGCGUCAGAGUCGGCGAGCGCACCGCCGUGCUCGCCGGCCUGUUGACGCCCGACCGUACAAAGUACCGUCCCACGGGAUAUCCCCACGCAAUGCCGAUGGCCGAGGCGUGCAACGAGGUGUGGAGGGAGGCCAAGGCGGCACUCGGCGCGAGCGGCGACCUUUUCCUGCCCAUGACCCACCAGCCAAUCAAGGAUGACUGCGCGCUCGCUGCUUGCCUCGCUGAGCACCCAGAGUUGGGCGUGCGCACACCCAUUCUGCUGGGCGGGCACGACCACGAGGUGGAUGUGCGCGAGGCGGGUGGCGCGCUCAUCGUCAAGGCUGGCUGCGACGCGGCGAGCAUCGCCGUCGUGGACGUCUACUGGACCGCCUCGGGCGAGCAGAAGAGAGCGUGCAAGGUUAUCGCGGCCAAGGAAUUUGCGGAGGAGGCAUUGGCGGCCACGUUUGUGCGCAGGUGGCAGGCAUUCGUGCAGGAGAGCAUGGAGGAUUUCCUCCCUGUUGCUCAGGAAUUGCUUUGUCACGCCGCUCCCCGGCCCCACCAUCUGCACUCGCGCUCGCGGCUUCUGUAUCAUCUCCCGCUCCGUGCCCCGAUACGGCACCCCGUGCUUAUCUACGGGCACCACGUUGGCCUCUGGCCUUUCGGCGUAGGCCUCUACAAGAAGAUGGUGACGUCCACCAUGAAAAAGAUGGUGGGACCGGAGGCAGAGUAG